UACUUGGUUGAGUAAAAUAUAAGAUUAGCAAGGUUUUUUGCUGUGGUGACUGAGAGGAGACAAACGACCACAAAGGGUUAAAUUGAUGAUAAACUUACUGGAAAUAAUGACGUAAUAAUUCCGAAGAGGCAACGAUCUCAAUCUCACACUUCGCCACUUCACCACCUACAUAUAGAUUCACUGGAGCAAACAAGAAAACAAAUUGUAUGAUGUCAUAGAUUUUGACAACUAAAUAAGUACGGCUUUAUUUACUAUCUCUUGAUAUAUGAAACAAUUCAGUUCAUCGGAUUGUAAACAAUGGAAGAACAAGUUGAUCUUAUAUUAGAUAAAGUAAUGGAAACACCGGGAAAUCUAGGGUGUCUCAUAGCCAAUAAUCAUGGGCUAUGCAUUGGAGCAAGAGGAAAUGCGACCGAAGCAUCCGCUGGAAUUAUUGUAGCAAUUUCUGAGCAAGCCUCCAAACUGGAUCCAAACUGCAAUGCUCCUGUCGUAUCGUUGGAAGUUGGCGAUAAAGUUUGCAUUAUUCACAGAAAUGGAAUUACUGGCGCUGUGUAUAAACAGAAAUAAUAAAGCAAUGUUAAUUCUAUUUGAA